AGCUUAAACUACUGCGGGUGAUACAGCGACGCAGUGGCUGCGCCUUCGCGCUCAUCCUGGGCCGACUGUUGGUCACGGUCUCGGCCACCUACCCUUACAUCCUUCCCUGAUCUUCCUUUACUCUCACACACGCAAAACCUGUGUAGACAUCCACCUCAAUGGAUCCUGAACCUCCUGAACCCUCUACCGGCGACAUCUUGGUUCCGAGCCAGCCGCCUGACGCGCUUUCCGGGCCUGAUGUCCACAGUCCCAGCGCGGGGGGCGACUCAGGCACCAUGAGCCAGGAUACCGAGGUGGAUAUGAAGGAGGUGGAGCUGAACGAGCUAGAACCUGAGAAGCAGCCGAUGAAUGCGCCUUCGGGGUCGGCCACGGCUUUGUCGGGCGGCGGGGAGAAGAAUGGUCUGGUGAAGAUAAAGGUGGCCGAAGACGACGCAGAGGCAGAGGCCGCAGCCAAGUUCACGGGCCUGUCCAAGGAGGAGCUGUUGAAGGUGGCGGGCAGCCCCGGUUGGGUGCGCACCCGCUGGGCACUGCUGGUGCUCUUCUGGAUCGGCUGGCUGGGCAUGCUGGCCGGCGCUGUGGUCAUCAUCGUGCGGGCGCCGCGCUGUCGCGAGCUGCCAGUGCAAAGGUGGUGGCACAAAGGCGCCCUCUACCGCAUCGGCGAUCUUCAGGCCUUCCAGGGCCGGGAUGCGGGCGGCCUAGCGGGCCUGAAGGGGCAUCUCGAUUACCUGAGCUCUCUGAAGGUGAAGGGCCUUGUGCUGGGCCCAGUUCACCAGAACCAGAAGGAUGAUGUCGCUGGGACCAACUUGCAACAGAUUGAUCCCACUCUCGGCUCCGAGGAAGAUUUUGACAACUUCCUACAAUCGGCCAAGAAAAAGAGCAUUCGCAUCAUUCUGGAUCUCACUCCCAACUACCUGGGCCAGAACUCAUGGUUCUUCCCCACUCAGAUUGACAUUGUGGCCACAAAGAUGAAGGAAGCUCUGAAGUUUUGGCUGCAGGCUGGUGUGGAUGGGUUCCAGGUUCGGGAUGUGGAGAAUCUGACAAAUGCAUCUUCAUUCUUGGCUGAAUGGCAGAAUAUUACCAAGAGCUUCAGUGAAGACAGGCUCUUGAUUGCAGGGACUGACUCCUCUGACCUGCAACAGAUCGUGAGCCUAUUCGAAUCCACCAAGGACCUGCUGUUGAUUAGCUCGUACUUGUCAAACUCCAGUUACACUGGGGAGCAUACAAAAUUCCUAGUCACCCAGUAUUUGAAUGCCACUGGCAGUUACUGGUGCAGCUGGAGUUUGUCUCAGACGGGACUCAUGACCUCCUUCUUGCCACCUGAACUCCUCCGACUCUACCAGCUGCUGUUCUUCACCCUGCCAGGGACCCCUGUUUUCAGCUAUGGGGAUGAGAUUGGCUUACAAGUGUCUGCCCUUCCUGGACAGCCUGUGGAGGCCCCGAUCAUGCCGUGGGAUGAAUCCAGCCUCCCUGACACCUCAGGAUCUAUAAGCGCUAACAUGACAGUGAAGGGCCAGAAUGAAGACCCUGGCUCCCUCCUUUCCCUAUUCCAGCAGCUGAGUGACCAGCGGGGUAAAGAGCGCUCCUUGCUUCAUGGGGACUUCCACACUCUGUCCUCUGGGUCUGGCAUUUUCUCCUAUAUCCGCCACUGGGACCAGAAUGAGCGUUAUCUGGUGGUGCUCAAUUUUGGGGAUGUGGACCUGCCAGCCAGGCUAGAGGCCUCAAACCUGCCUGCCAGCACUAGCCUGCCAGCCAGGGCUGACCUGCUGCUGAGUACCCAGCCAAGCCGCAAGGAGGGCACCACCCUGGAGCUGGAAAACCUAAGCCUGGAUCCUUAUGAAGGGCUACUGUUGCGUUUUCCAUAUGUGGCCUGACCCCACCUGCCCAGGACUCACCACUCUCCCUGUUUCCUCCCCAGACCCUUUGAAUUCUGUUUUUCCUUUCCUUUUUUUUUUUUAACUUUUAAAAUCACAGAUGAACCCCUAAAUAAGGUGU